UCUGCUCCAAGCCACCAUUUCCCCACACGAAGAGAGGAGGCUCUUCCUCACUCCCUCCCCCGUCACUGCCCGACCCGCCUACCUCCUCUCCUUCCUCCUCCGUCGGGGGAUCAUGGUUUCCCUCUCCACUCUCCCGCCGCUCUUCCCCUUCUGCCUUUCGCGGCCGUUCACUGUUCCAAGGACCGCCGUAUGGUGCUCACUGCGUUCUCCUCCCAUGCUCCCAGGUGGCAAAGAAUCAAAAGCGCCACGUAGAAGACGCAGAAGAACUGAGGGUGCAGGGAAAAGUAUGGAAGAUUCAAUCCAACGCAAACUUGAACAGUUUUAUGAAGGACUAGAUGGCCCACCACUCCGGGUUCUCCCAAUAGGUGGUUUGGGUGAGAUUGGCAUGAAUUGCAUGCUUGUAGGAAACUUUGACCGUUACAUCUUGAUUGAUGCAGGCAUCAUGUUCCCAGACUAUGAUGAGUUUGGAGUUCAAAAGAUUGUACCUGAUACAACAUUCAUCAAAAGAUGGAGUCAUAAGAUUGAAGCAGUUAUUAUAACGCAUGGCCACGAGGAUCAUAUUGGUGCAUUGCCAUGGGUUAUUCCAGCUCUGGAUUCCCACACUCCAAUAUUUACUUCAUCCUUCACAAUGGAGCUAAUCAAAAAGCGCCUGAAAGAGUUUGGAAUUUUUGUUCCAUCAAGGCUUAAGGAAUUUAAGGUGAGAAGAAAAUUUCAUGCUGGUCCAUUUGAAGUGGAACCCAUCCGAGUAACCCAUUCAAUCCCUGAUUGCUGUGGGUUGGUGCUCCGCUGCAGUGAUGGUACAAUAUUUCAUACUGGUGACUGGAAGAUUGAUGAGUCGCCACUAGAUGGCAAAAUUUUUGAUCGUGAGGCUUUGGAGCAGCUUUCUAAGGAAGGCGUGACUUUGAUGAUGAGUGACUCAACUAAUGUACUAUCACCUGGAAGAUCUAUCAGUGAGACUGUUGUGGCAGAUGCACUAUUGCGCUAUAUUUCAGAGGCAAAAGGAAGAGUCAUAACGACACAAUUUGCUUCUAACAUACAUCGUCUUGGAAGUGUGAAAGCUGCUGCUGAUUUAACUGGACGGAAAAUGGUGUUAGUUGGCAUGUCUCUGAGAACUUACUUGGAUGCUGCGUUCAAGGAUGGAAAAGCACCAAUAGAUCCUUCUACCUUGGUGAAAAUAGAGGAUAUCGAUGCUUAUGCUCCAAAAGAUUUGUUGAUUGUUACAACUGGUUCUCAGGCAGAACCGCGAGCUGCACUAAAUCUUGCUUCCUUUGGAGGUAGUCACUCUGUCAAACUUGGAAAAGAUGAUUUGGUUCUAUAUUCUGCUAAGGUAAUUCCUGGAAAUGAGACUCGUGUGAUGAAGAUGCUCAACCGCAUAACAGAGCUCGGACCCACAAUUAUGAUGGGAAAAAAUGCUGGACUUCAUACUUCUGGUCAUGCCUAUCGUGAAGAAUUGGAGGAAGUUCUUAAGAUAGUGAAGCCUCAACAUUUUCUGCCCAUUCAUGGGGAGCUCUUGUUUUUGAAAGAGCAUGAAUUACUGGGAAAAUCCACUGGAAUACGGCAUACCACUGUAAUAAAGAAUGGUGAGAUGCUUGGUGUUUCACAUUUAAGAAAUAGGCGAGUUUUGUCUAAUGGUUUUUCUCCACUGGGAAAGGAGGCAUUGGAGUUGAUGUAUAGUGAUGGUGAUAAAGCUUUUGGAACAUCAUCUGAACUCUGCAUUGAUGAGAGAUUACGAAUCGCAUCAGAUGGUAUCAUUGUUGUCAGCAUGGAGAUUUUUCGGCCUGAAUAUGUGAAUGGUUCAUCACAACCAAGUUUGAAAGGCAAGAUAAGAAUCACAACACGUUGCUUAUGGUUAGAUAAAGGAAAACUUCUGGAUGCUCUUUAUAAAGCUGCACAUGCUGCACUAUCAAGCUGUCCUGUGAAUUGCCCACUGACACACAUGGAACGGCUUGUAUCUGAAGUCCUGAGGAAGAUUGUAAGAAAAUACAGCAGCAAAAGGCCCGAAGUCAUUGCAAUUGCAGUUGAGAACACUGCUGGAGUCCUAACUGAAGAAUUUCAGAAGAAGUUAUCUGGAAAGUCUCAUGGAGGUUUUGGAUCAUUUGCUCAUUCAUAUGGGCCACAUGUGACUAAGCAGUCAAGCACACUCUCAGAUGAAGAUACUAUUUCGAUUCCAUCUAGCAGGGAGUUUGAUGAAGAUAGUGAUUCUACCAUGACAAAGGACAGCCUUGUUGCAGAGUCUUCUGGAGAGGAGGAUUUGGAUGUCGACCAGCCACUAGCUGAGGUUGAAACUACAUUUUCCAACUUCGAAUCUGCUUACAGAUCCUCAGAAAUGGAGAUUGAUGAACUUGUCAAAGUCUCAUCACCUGUCGAAGUGACAAAAGAAAAUAGGAAUGCCUUGGAAGAAAAUCUGGAUAGUAACAAAAACGGAACAACUGGUAGCAAGGGGUCUAGCAAAUCGUUAAAUCCUAAGAAAGCUUUGAAACGUAACAAAUGGAAGCCUGAAGAGGUUAAAAGACUGAUAAAGUUGCGUGUUGGAAUGGAUAACAAAUUCCAAACUGUUAAAGCUAGAAUGGUUCUGUGGGAAGAAAUAUCUGCCGAUAUGUUGAACGAUGGAAUAAAUAGGUCUCCGGCACAAUGCAAGUCUCUCUGGACAUCCCUUGUUCAGAAAUAUGAGGAAAGUAGAAGUAAUGAGAAGAGUAAAAAGACCUGGCCCUACUUCACCACCAUGGAUAAAGCUCUUUCAGCUGGUGGGCAAGCAAGAAAAUGAGACUAAACUGGGUGACUUCUGUUUCAUCGAUCAGAUUAAGUGUGUGCAUCAUGCAGAAGAGGCAUGACAAACAAUUAGUCGACACGAGCACCUAAUAUAUCUGUGCAGAUGCCGCUGCUGGAAAGGUUGUAGGGGUGGAUCAUUCAUUUUAUCAGGGUUCAGGAAGCCCCAAGUUCUUCCAGGUUAUGCUUCAAGGGUGGGGAGAAAGGAAAGGCUCUGGCAUUGCCAGGAUUUUGUUGUGAACGGCUUUGUCCAUUAGAAAGCUGUUCUAGCAAGUGGCAACUCCAUUACAUAUAAACUUAUUUUUUUUCCUGCAAAUGUUCCUUAGUUUAUUUGAGAUAGAUUUGAUGGAAAAUUCAGUUUGUUUCGUUGUCGUAUGUUUGCAAAACAGCCUCCCAGGCUUUCAAAAACAUCAGUUACGAUUUUAGACUAUCAAGAUUUUUUUAAAAUUUUCUGAAAUCAGAUUUGUUAA